AUGGAGCAGUUUCAGGACAGAUGGAUUACCAUAACAUAUUCCUAUUCACCUGCUAAAGUUUCUCCUUUCUACUAUCGUUAUCUUAUCGAGCACCUUCUUGCACUUCCACAACCUGAUAAUUUUGAUUACAAUAGAAACACAAUUAUGUUGACUACCAUAGCUAUUCAUCUAAAACGACAUCUUCGCGUUAUUCAUCUAAAACGACAUCUUCGCUCUGUGCUGAUCAAACUUUCCCCUUUGAUUUAUGCUGUAUUAAUUCCAUUGUAUACUUACAUAUCCUAUACUCAAUAUCCUUUUCUGUUGCUAAAGAAAAGACAGUCAUCUGCUUUAAACUGUUUACAUUAUGUGUUGAUCAUUGAGACUGCCACAGUUAGAGUGAAAAGAAUCUUCAAAGGUUUCAAUAUUAUCAACAGUAGGAAGAAAAUAGUCAUUCAUGGAUUAGGCGGCGCACAGAUUUGUCGAAGUGUUUUGCAUGAACGGGAUACGAAGAUUAUCCUCUUAAACGAACUUAAUGGAUUGUUUUAUCUUAAUUCAUCUCUGAAUGAACCUGAAAAAUGCAGGAACAAGGCUGGAUUGCUAACAUUAAUAUCGUCCUGA